GAGUUCCAGACAGCCCUGGAUUGGCCGGCAGCGCUCACCAACUUUCGUCAGUUCCUUGACGCCCUCCUGCUGGACAUCCAGCAAGAUGGCAUGCAGGCGUCCAGCCAGCGCGCGCAGAUUACCUUCGAUCGGUUGCAGCAGGAGGUGACCAGCUUCCUAGACCAGGAGCGCUCUCGGGAAGCACUCCAGUCCACAACGGCCCAGCAGCAGCGGGUUACAGAGCAGACGCCCAAAGGAGUCGGCGGGGCCCACAGAUGGACCAAAGACCUCAGCAGUUGGCAGCCCCAGGAAGUCAAGGCCAAAGACUGGCCCAAUGAUCGGAUCGCCUACCCGAGCUCUGGCAGCUCCAAGGAAACCCUCUCCCCAGAUACCCAGGCCACCCAGAAACUGCCGCCGCACUCCCGCCAAAAACCACCAGAGGCCCUCAGGAAAGCCGCCAGGACUUUCAGCCAACUGUCCAGCCAGACGUAA